AUGGUCAAGUAUUCCGUUGCGGUACCCCGCAACCCUCGCUACAUCGCCGUACUCGUCCUCUGCGGCCUCGCCACGGUCUACUUCCUUUCGCGACAAUCGCCAUCACAAUAUUUUCGCGGGACAAGCUCAGGAAAGUCGCUAAAAUGGAUGCUCAUUGAUGAGGAGCAGCAUUAUGACAAGGUCUUGCGGGAUCGGGAAGCAAUGGUGCGGAAAUGGGGUCCCACGUCGGGCUUGGUCGAGGCGUUCCCUCCCAAGCGUGACUUCUACACGCUCUGGGACUUUUUCAUUCCCGCAUUCAAUUGUCCCCACCGUGUCGAGCGCAUAGGCACCAUGGGUGACGGCGGGAAAUGGGUCUGCGGCAUGGACCGCAUAGCUAAACAGAAAGAAUGUGUAGUGUACUCCUUCGGCGUUAAUGGCGAAUCCUCUUUUGAAGCUGAGAUUCUCGAACGCGCUCCCGGGUGCCAGAUCUGGGGCUACGACUUCAGCGUUCCAUCCUUCGGCCCCGAGAUCGAGCUGGUGCCGGAGUUGAAAGAGCGUGCGCAUUUCUACCCGUAUGCGCUCGGAGACGUGAACAAUCACGGGCCCGGAGCGGACCCGCCAGUGUACACUCUUGCGUCGCUCAUGGAGGUCAACGGACACAACUUCAUUGACAUCCUCAAGAUCGACAUUGAAGGCAACGAGUUCACGUCGCUAGAGAAGUUCCUCGAGUUCUACACAUCCGGGGCUGGCGCGAAUCGUCGGUAUGGGCGCCCGCCGAUCAACGCCCCCCCUGCAGCGUGGAAGGAGCCCGACGUGGUAUUGCCCAUCGGUCAGAUCCAGAUUGAGAUCCACGCGCGCACGGACACAGACUACGGCACUUUCUCUGCGUUCAAGGGGUGGUGGGAGAAGCUCGAGGCGGCGGGCCUGCGUCCAUUCUGGACUGAGCCCAACAUGGUGUACGUUAACUUAAUUAGAGGAGCGCGGCCUGACUUGGUCGAGUACUCGUUCAUGAACCUUCGCGGUAACCACGCUCUCGUCUCUGACCGCUUCGACGAGAGUCGGAGGCGACGGGAGUGA